AUUGAUUUAAGAGGUCAGCACCGAAGAAAAACAAAACCACAUGCUGGUUGACAGAUUUGUCAAACAAUUUAUUAAAAAAAUGUCGGCAAAUCAACAACCCGAAGAAAUUGAAAAAGAUGAAGUGCCUUUUGGAUUGGGAUGUGCCCUGGAAUAUUUUUCCGAGUCCGAGGAGGUGUUUAAAAUGAUUGAUAACAUAGUAGAAAUAAGUGAUUCAGAUUUGGUUGUAAAAGAAAGAGCAUAUGAGAAGUUUUCCGCAAUUCUUGGAAAAUAUAUCGAACAGCCACACUUGAUAGACUUAAAUUUGGAUCCCUUGUUGGAAAAAUUAAUAAGUAUCAUCAGAGAUAAUAAAAAUGAUAUGAAUGUUAAGCAUUUAACAUUCAAAUACAUGUUUGUUAUUGUUAAUGUAAGGGGCUAUAAAGUUAUAAUUAGGCAUUUACCACACGAGGUUGCAGAUUUUGAAGCUGUUUUACACCUUUUGGAACAACAAGAUCCCAAUGAUCCGGAAACCUGGACCACAAGAUACAUACUAUUACUUUGGUUAUCGAUUAUUGUAAUGAUCCCAUUUCAUAUGUCCAGAUUUGAUGGAUUUACAGAGCAAGAAAAAGAAUCGGAAACAACUGUUAUGACUAGAGUUUUAAACAUAAUCAAGCAAUAUGCAGUUGUUUCUGAUAAAUGUAGGGAUGCAGCAGCAUUUUUAUCAUACCGAUUUAUAACUAGAAGUGAUGUAAAGGAAAUACAUUUAUCCAGUUUUUUCGAUUGGGCAAUAGAGUUAAGUUCAGCUAAACAUUGUCCUGUAUUUGUUCGGUAUGGCACUUUAGCUUGUGUAGCAACAAUUUUAAAACACGGCAAAAGAGAAGAUUUACUUCCUUAUGCAAGAAAAUUAUUAGAGUGGAUUGUAAAUGCAGAAUUCAAAAACAAUUCUGGAUCAAGUGUGCAAAAAUUAAUGUACAAAAUUAUUCAGAGAAUUGGUUUGACUUUUGUCCCACCUCGUAUUGCAGCCUGGAGGUAUAAAAGGGGCAAUAGGUCUUUAGCAGCAAAUUUAAGCUCAGGAGAUGCUUCAACAGAUACAAGCUUGGAUACAAACUCCCUUAAGGAAGAGAUUGAGGAAAAUAUAGAUGUUCCUGAUGAAGUGGAAGAAGUAAUUGAUCAACUAUUGCAAGGUUUAAGAAGUGCUGAUGGAGUUAUUAGGUGGUCAGCUGCUAAAGGCAUUGGCAGGGUAACAGGAAGGUUACCAAAGGAAUUAGGUGAUGAAGUGGUUGGUUCCGUAUUGGAACUUUUUAGUCCUAGGGAAGGAGAUGGCGCCUGGCAUGGUGGUUGUAUUUCUCUCGCAGAAUUGGGUAGAAGAGGCUUGUUGCUUCCAGAACGGUUACCGCAAGUCGUGCCUUUAGUUUUAAAAGCUUUGGUUUACGACGAACCCAGAGGUUAUUCUUCAGUUGGUUCUCAUAUAAGAGACGCUGCUUGUUAUGUCUGCUGGGCUUUUGCUAGAGCUUACGAAUCUGAUGUCCUGGCUCCUUAUGUAAACGACAUUGCUGGAACUUUGUUGGUUGUAACAUGUUUUGACAAAGAAAUAAACUGUAGAAGGGCUGCUUCAGCAGCUUUCCAAGAAAACGUGGGUAGACAAGGCACUUUUCCACACGGAAUUGAUAUACUAACAACCGCAGAUUUUUUCUCUGUAAGCGUUAGAAACAACGCGUAUCUGAACAUAAGCGUUUUCAUAGCCCAAUUCGAGGAAUACACUUAUCCCAUGAUCGACCAUUUGGUGGCUAGAAAAGUGGACCAUUGGGACUGUCCCAUCAGGGAAUUGACAGCCAAAGCUUUGCACAACCUAACUCCAAUGGCUCCAAAAUAUAUGGUAGAUAACGUUUUACCAGCACUUUUCACUAAAACAACCUCAAUCGAUUUAAAUGCUCGACAUGGUGCAGUCUUGGCCAUCGGCGAAAUUCUACAUUCGCUUUCAAAGGUUCAUAAAAAUGAAUCAAUGAAUACAAUUUUAACAGAGAAAUUGAUAAAAUCCACCAAAAAUCUAAUUCCGAGUUUUUAUGAGAAAUUUUACUUUCGUGGUUUGGGUGGAGAACUAAUGAAACAAGCAUGUUCAGAUUUUAUAGAAAAAUGCAGUCUGGCUUCAUUACCUUUCCACAAUGAUGCAAUUAUAGAACAAUGGCUGUCCUUAUUGAACGAUUGUAUCCUAUACAAAGUCGUAAAUAUAAGAACAAACGCCAUCAGCGCCCUUCCAGUUUUACUUCGUGAAUAUUACGUUUCCGAUGAUAAACAACCACGACACGCGGAAAUCAUCAAGUUUUACGUAACGCAUCUGGAGUCGACGAACGAAGAGGUGAACAGAAUGGGCACAGCUUUGGCCCUUGGGGUACUCCCGAAAUUUAUGUUGCUGAGCAAUUUGGACUUUGUGGUGAAGUCCUUGAUAAAAUCGACUGAAAUUAACCAAACCACUUUGAAAUGGGCCGAGAGUAGACGGGAUGCCGUUAAAGCUUUAACUGCUAUUUGUGCUACAAUGGCCGAGGAUAUUGGAAAAGAUUUUUCAGACGAUAGAAUUCUCAAAAUCUACGACACAUUUUUCGAGGGUCUGAAGGACUACACCAAGGAUAAAAGGGGAGAUACCGGUGCGUGGAUGCGCGAAGCUUCAAUGACCGGUAUCCAAGUUUUAACUAUUUUAUUGGCAAAACAUAGAAAAACUCUUCUGACUGAGAGUUUAUCGACCAAAAUUAUCGCCGAAGUUACUCAACAGGCGGUCGAGAAAAUCGACAGGACCCGUGCAUUGGCAGGCAGAGUCUUUUAUAGUUUUCUUCACAUCGAACCUGCUAUAGAAAACAUCUCAUUUUUAAAUGAACUUCUUACAAUAUUUCCUAAAGAAGAGUGUGAUGCCCUAAACUGGAACUCCGCUGCUGCCACAUUUCCCAAAUUCGUCCAACUACUUCAAUUUCCACCUUAUUCUUAUUCAAUAAUGAUUGGUUUAAUAUGUAGUGUGGGAGGUUUAACAGAAACUUUGGUAAAAAAUUCCAGCCACGCGUUAUUUGCCUAUCUAAAAGAACAGCAAGAACUAAAAGGAUUGAACGAAGUGAAAAGGCUUUGUGAAAUAAUUUAUAAAAUAUUUCAAGACAACCAAAAAGUUGAUAGAAUCACGGUUCCCAUGUUUAGCUUUUUAGACAAACUAUUUGAUUCAGGUUGCAUAAGUUUUGUGUCCAAAGAAGAAGAUAACAAUUAUGCGAAGAGAUUACUGAAACUCAUACAACUGGAAAUUGCUGGAUGCAGGGACAUUUAUAAGCUAAUUGAUGGCAUAAAUGUUUUGUGCCAAUUCAUACAAGUUAAAGGUGAGGUUGGCAACACUGCCUUGGUACAGUUAAGCAUUUUACUUUGCCAUCGUCAAUCUUAUGUAAGAAGAUCAACUUCCACAAAACUAUACGAAUCGUUGCUAGUAAACGGAGAAAGCAGCAACAUUAAUCCAGACAACUUGGAUGAUGUUAUGCAAGUUUUAAGCUCCACCAAUUGGGAAGAACCUGUGGAACAGGUCAAACCAAUCAGGAACAAGCUUUGUAACUUGAUGGACAUUAGCGUGCCUGUCUCAAAGAAGAAAGUUUAGUGAUGUUAUUUAUGUAAUUUUUAUUGUGAUUUAAAUUAAUCUUUUUAUAUUUUUAUUUUAACAAUAAAAAAUGUUUAUUACUAUU